CUGCAGAGGAAUCAUCUUUCAGAAUAGGAUUGUGUGUGCUUUGAGUCUCGCUGUAGAAGGCUGUGUGUGUAUGAGAACUGGUACUACACGCCUCAUCACGUCACCCACUUCCAAUAUGUAUAUAUAGAGCUAGGCUCAGUUGUCAGAGUGAGGGUGCAAACAUUUUGUGUCAUCUUUUUGUGUGUUCGGACAGUUAUAAGAAGAGAUGUCCCAGCCUCAGGUAAUCAAUCAGUUAAUGUCUUUAGUGAAUAACUCUGUCUGAUUACUUUGUUCAAUAGACCUAAAGUAAAUUUCACAUUUAAGGCUCGAGUAGCUAAUAGCUGCCAGACAGUUUUUCCAGUUUAGUUAUUUUGACUUGUAAUGUGAAACUUACUUUGAAUUCUCACUUUAGCAUAUGAUUUUUAUUACUCCAUAUUCUAAUAUAAUUCUUACUGUAAAUGUAGCUCUAUACAAUAUUGUGAUUAUGGUUAUGUUGUGUAUUUUAUUGUUGGAAGAAAUAAAGCUCCAGCACUCGGUAAUCUAAGGUGUAAUGUGUGUUUUAUUCAGCCAUUUUAAAUGACGGGCAACGUUUGGACACAAUGUGUGUCUUUAUCAAGCCAUCAUGUCACGUCGAAACGUUGCCUGUCAUAUGUGAUGGCUGAAUAAAACACAUAUUGCACCUGAUAUUACCGCGUCCUCGAGCAUUAUUUAUUUGAAUUUUGUUUGGAUCCUUGGAACAGGGGCCUUUACUCAUGGUACAGGUACCAAAAAUCUUGGAAUUUGAAUAGUGCCCCUCCUAUGUCUUUAAUUUGUAUCUUAUUGUGGGACAGCUUUAUUAUUUGUUACAUAUACAUUUGUAUCAUAAGUAUAAAAAGAAAACCAUAUAUGUUCAUUGACAUUGCACCUUUCAACUCCUUUUAAUAUGGAGGACAAAAAUAGCUUAUUUUUUUUUGGGAGGGGGGGUUGGGGGGGGGAAGGUUCAGAUGGAAUGCUUGCUUUCUUUUUUUGCUAUAAUUCCAUUCUUUUUUUAGAAUUCUACUCUUUACUUUUUUUUUCCCAGACUGCUAUAGAGGGAUUUAUUAACUAAGCAGUAAAUUUGAAUAAAUGAAAAAUAGAAUUUGCUAAUUGUAUUCAUAUAGCAGAAAUUGAACAUUUUCCCAACUAUACUUUUUAGCCAACUUGUUUAUUUCCUUUUUUUUUUUUUCCUCCUUCCUAACCCACUGCCACCUCUUUUCUAAUAUUCUAAGUAAAUGCUACAUCAGAAUGGCUAAACAGGGACUAAGAAGUCAAUAUAUGGCUACAGCUGAGUUGGACAAUGUUUACAAAUAUUUUAGCCUUAAUUUUGCCAUGUGGAUUUAAUUUGCUAAAAUUUGGUGGUCGGUGAAUAUCUACAUUGGUAUACCAAAAGGUGGUCAUUAAAACUUUUUAUUUAAAAAAAUAUAUAAAUUAAGACUGUCUAUUCUUAAGAAAAUCAGAUAUAUUCUAGCCAUACACCAUGCAUUUCUACCAGAAAUCCCAAACUGAUUGCUAAAAAAAGCUUUAUUCGACUUUUAUUUGUUUCUGUUUUCAGAAUCCUAUCUCUCCAGCUCUUAUUUAUAGAUUCUUAAUAAUAUGUAGUGUUAGAAAUGCACAUUUCAAGGUGACCUUGUGACUCAGUGUGCCCAAAUUAGAAGUAUAUGCCAUGCUGGUGACUCUUGUUUCUUAACUGUUGAGAACUUAAUCUGCUGUUGGCAGUUUAGUGUUUCAAAUAUGGGCACUAAAGGGUUAAAGCUAUGUUUUAUUCCCAAAUGACUACAGCAUGCCAUAGACACUAUGUAAAGGGUUGAGUGGUUUUGUUUUAUCCUAACAUACGUAGAUCACUUUGCCUAUGUUUAUAGUUCAUAAUGCACUUUGUCUCUGUGAGCUGACUCUGUAUUUGUUCAUGGGCACAAUUGAAUUACUCUGGCUUCAAAAUAAAUGGAUUUUAUAUUCUUCUUUUGCCUCUGCGCUCUCUGAGGACAAUUCCCUAAAGUCCAGUUCUAACUUGUCAAAAUUUGGUCGAAGUUACAGACUUUUACCCGAAUGAGCUCAUAUCAUUCGAUGCUUUAAAAUCCAUAAUUUUCACAUGUGAAUCCAAUGUAAAAUACAGGAUCAGCAUGUUUAUAAAAUACUCAGAGCAAAUAUUCACCUCCUUUGUAGUGUUACAAAAAAACGUGCAAAAUGUUCCCAUUGCCAGAGAAAACAGAUGGCGAACAAAUUGUUGAAAUGACGAUAAAUUAAUACAAUAAUUUUAAGAAAUAAAACCAAUAAACUAUAUUACACAUGAUUUAAUUAUUGGAUCUCUUUGUUCGGUUUGCCCUUUCUCCACAAUGGUUUGUCAUCUAAAUGGUGCAGAUUGCAGUUUUGUUUUUUUAAAUGCAAACUUCUUUUAGACAGAAUUGACAAAAGACUGCUUGCAAAUACAGUUCAAUUGAAUUUCUGUUUCCAUUCUGUAUUUGAGUGUUCGAUUGAGUUUUUCCAUUUGAUUAGAUUUGUUUUUUUCUGUCCAAUUCCAACCACCCUUCCCCAUGCAUGUAUAUAACGAGGUGUUAAUUGGCUAAAACUGUGUUUGUCCUCCCACCUCACUUUUCCCAUGGGAAAGCAUUGGAUUGGCUAGAAAUCGGCAAUUCUGAUGUCACAAAGGGGGCGGGCCAGUGCUGGCGCACCUGCUAGCCGCUGGAAAUAAGGUGACUUUUAAUUGCUUUUAAGCAGGCUGAGGGGGGCAAGCCACCAAAAUGGUGGUUUUUGCACUAUAGUGUCAGGAAUACAUGGUUGUGUUCCUGACCCUAUAGUGUUCCUUUAAAGCAGCACUGUCACCCCCUUGGAAAAUGAGCAUUUCAUAAAGAGAGAAUCUUUAUGAAAUACUCAUUCUGACUGUGUUGGAAGUUUCACUGAAAUUCCAACCCAGCCAAGAGAGGACUACUUUGUCUCUGUAGGGACUAAUUUGUCUCUAUACAUAUUUUUACUUGCUAGUUGUGUUUGUACAUUUAUUUUGCUUGACAUACUAAUGCCUUUACAUUUCUCAUUAUAUAGUUUGUUCAGUUUAUUUAAAUUCUAUUAUUUUAGAGUAAAAUCAAACUAGAUGCAGUCUCCUCGUAAGAUACUCGUCAAAGCACCAAUUCAAUAUGCCGAUGGUUGGAAACAGCAGGAAGACAAACUAAUUCUAUUUUGUAUUUGAGGUUUAGAAAUGGUAAUACAUAAAAAUACGAAUUACAUACUACACACAACACUACAUAAACUGCAAUAAAUCUAUACCAAAAGCUAUGGCGUGCAUAUCAAAAUGAUAAAAUACUAGUGUUUUUGUUUUUUUCAUUUUUAAGUGUGGUACCUGUACUUCCUCUCUAGUUUUAGCCCGUGAUUAUAGUAUAAGAAGGUUUAAUAUUUGCCAACUAACAUAGUUAUGUAUGCAUUUACUAACCCUAACUUUCAUACCCUGACCUCUAAUUCUCCGAAGUCUAAAUGUGAUUUCCUUAACGCUCUUAUUCCUGUCCUUAAUUUACAUCUCUGUGCAAAACAUGGGCUUUGAUUUUUUUUUCUUUACCCAUUUCUUCUGUUCAGUGGUUUAGGAAAAGGAACAGAAAAGCCAUGUUCCCAAUUUCUCAUUUUUCUUUGUAUUGAUUAUAUAUCAAUCAAUCACACACACUUUUGCUUUUCUUUUUAUUAAACAUGCAACCACCUAUCUCAUGCUGAACUGUCAAAGGAAAAAAACAUUACAUGCAUGAAUUUACUUUUCAGGAUGCCCCAGUUAAGAAGAAGAGACCAGUGAUGAAAGAAGAAGAUCUCAAAGGGGCAAAAAAUAAGUUGAGCCAACAAACACCAAUCCGAUCCAAGACCUACCAGGUUAUGAAGGAGUGUGGUGAGUAGAGAGUCUUAUAGCAUGGCAUUAGCUUAGAGUGAUAUUCCUGCUUCUGUUCACGUGAUACACUUUCCCAAACAUUCUCAACUCCUACAACAUUCAACAUAGACUGAAUUGACUAUAAUUAGACAUUGGUAUAGAUUAACUGAUCACUUAAGCAUAUAUAGGCAAAAAUAUUGUGAAAGUUUAAAACAAACUCAUUUCUGGUGUGAUGUAGCCUGACAAAGACCCUUUCAGGGGUUGAAACGUUGCAGUGUCUCAAAUUUAAAUACAUUUGAAUAUACUUUGAGUGCCUGGAUCCUCUUUCUAACACCGAUUCUCAACUCUUAUAAUGAGCAGAUGUAAGAUCAAACAAUGUUAUAACACACAUAAGAAAAUAGAGAAUAUGCAACAUGCUUAAAUUGCCUGAUGACUACCCAUUAUCACAGGAAUGACAUAUUAUAGAGGCAGCUAGAGUUCAGCUCCCAGAAACCCUUGUAGAUACCAAGGUUAUCAGCAAUUAUCUAACUGUAUUGCUUGUAUAACACCAUGUCAAUUGAUUAGACAAAUUACUUCUUUUGAGCAUACACACAAUAACCAAGGAAUUCUGGAACAUUGGUCUUUUACAUGUAUGCAUUACUUCAAACACAAAUGACUAUGCCAAGCCCAUCAAAAAUACACCACUAUUUAUUAUGCUUUCCCUGUGGCUAUAUAAGACAUGACCUCUGAACUGCCAUUAAAACAAAUAGCCCAUAAACACCUGUUUUUAUUGUAUGGCACCCCACAUUUCUUAAAGCAAUGUCAGCUAGGGACAUAUAUACUGUUUUAAUACUCUAGAUACCUUGAUCCAGCUUUGAUGGCUAUGUCUGUUAGGUAAUUGUGACUCUAUUAGCAUAAAUAAUCUAUAAUAGAACACUCACCCUAAAAAUGAAUAUUUAUUAAAACUUCUAAGUGCAAUUUAGGAAUUCAUGCUUUAACAAUGAAUUAUGUUUAUAUUCAGUGUGUAAUGACAUAAAACCAACCUGCGUUAAUUUGUAAAGUGCUUUGUAUAAGAUUAUAUAUGUUUGUCUCCUUCUAGAACAAGCAGGGUGUGCUGCUCCUUCUGUGUUUAGCCAGGCCCGAACGGGUGGAGAAACAGCCUUCGAUAAACCGAAGGAAGGCCCAGCAAAAAGCGUGUUUGGUUGAAUGGUUACAUCCCUGCUAUUUCACCCUGGUUUCUCUAUCCAUUCUACGAUGGACUCUUUGUAAAGUCUUAUUGGCUGCUUCUCGUCAUUCUUCCUUAAUUGAUCCUAUCUAAAACUGCAUUCGUUUGGGUUAAAGUGUCUCUUUUUCUUCUAUUGACUGAACUCUUCGUCCCCUUUUUAUCCUUGUUACCAUGUCUAUCUUUAUUUGGCCCAGAACAACAAGUUGGAUCUGCCUUCCAAUAUAAAGGAUGUUCUAAGCAGGGAGAUAUGUAUUUUUACAGCAAUAAUGCCAUAAAAAGUAGAAACAUAUCCCAGUCAUAUAGUGUGUAAAGAUUUUACAGCUAAUCUGUAGUAGAUUUAACUAAACAUAACUAGUCCACUAUUGAAACUUGACAGUUCGGGAUCUUAUCCUGUAGAAUUUUAUAUUGGGUUUAGAUACUGUACCAUUAAUUGGAAAAUGUAUUUCAUCAUUUAAAGGGCAACCACAGGCCUCCCAACUAAUUUGAAUUCUUACCAAAAACCUAAUAAAUACUUCAUAUUCGAAAAUAUUCUUUCACAUUUCGAUUGUGGUUUGGGGGAGAAAAAAAUAAAUAAAAAAAAUUGGAUGUGAACCGCAAGUUUGUAGCCAAAUCACGAGCAGAUAUAUACAUAAAAGAUUCGAAUCAAAUGGGUUGUAAGUUUAAAUUCGUACUAUUUCAUACCAAUGUAUGGCUUUUGAGUACAUUUUUCAGAGAAGUUUUAUUUACUAAUGGUUUAGGUCUGUCAAAUAUUUUUCUACGUAGUGUAAUCAUGAGAAUUGUAUAAAACAUUGAACACCAGUUAUUAACUAAGAGUGCCUUGUUAUUUUUUACCAAUGCUGUGCAAUACAAUUGUGUAAUUUUAAAAAAACGUUCCCUUGAAUUUAUUGCCUGUGUGCUUUUUUUUUUUUUUUAAAUACAUAACUUAGCAAUAAAGUGUAACUCCCUAAUCAGUUUGCUCUUGAUCACCUUUCUAAAUGUUGAUUUGCAGCUUGAAGUAAAUCGAAUGCUGUCC